UAAAAUAUCGAGAAGAGAGGUAGGUGGUGACAAUGCUAACUUGGCAUACAUUUUCAGCACAUAUAAUAUAAAACCGUAGCUGUCUUAGAAUGGAUGCCAGGUUGAGGGAGGCUGCUUAUGAAGGAAACAUCGAACGCUUGUAUGCAUUAAUUCGAGAGGAUCCAAGUAUUUUGGAGCGCAAUAUCGAUGAUAAAUUGUUAGCUGAGACUCCUUUACAUGUGGCUGCAUCAACUGGUAACCAUCACUUCGCCGCAGAAGUCAUGAGGUUGAAGCCGUCGUAUGCCAGGAAGCUCAACCCGGAUGGCCUUAGUCCCACGCACCUUGCUCUUCUAGGUAAGCAUGAUGGCAUGGUGGAGUGGUUCGUCUCGAUUGACAGCAGCCUAGUCCACGACAAAGGAAGAGACGGCACAACUCCUUUGCAUCAUGCGGUUGCUGUGGAAAAUGUCAAUCUUUUGAGAUUGUUCCUAUUGGCUCGCCCACGCUCUAUUGAAGAUUUGACAGCUAGACGAGAAACUGCACUGCAUAUUGCUCUCAAAUUCCACAAUCAGCAAAUUUUUGAAGUGUUGGUGGAAUGGCUAAAAAGGGUUGAGAAGGAAGACAUCUUGAAUUGGGCUGAUGAGGAUGGCAACACUCUCUUGCAUAUGGCAACAUCAAAAAAUCUAACCCAGGCAAUAAAAGUGUUGUUGAGCGAAAAAGUGAUUAAAAAGAUAAAUGUAAAUGCCAAGAACAACAUGGGCUUAACAGCUUUGGACAUCUUUCAAGUACUUCCAAAGGAAUUGGACAAUAAAGAGAUCGGGAAUAUGCUAUGCGGAGCUAAAGCAUUAAGAGGAAUAUCUGUUAACCAUGACCCCCUCAAAGAAAUACAUGAUCAUAUCACCAAAAACACGUCCCUGCUUGAAAAAGUAAAGAAAUCGCGAGACAGGGACAUGUCUCAGGCGGUACUAACAGUGGCUGUACUGAUUGCAACAACCACAUUUCAAGCCGUGCUCAGCCCUCCUGGUGGAUUGUGGCAAGAUGACAAUAGUAUCCCACAAACUGUGCCUCGCAACUUUAGAGCACAUAUUGCCGGGAAGUCAACAAUGAGGCCAUGGCAGUUCUGUGCUUUCUAUUUGUUGAACAGUGUGACCUUUUAUGCGUCGAUGAGUAUAAUUCGCCUCUACACAAUAGGCCUCCCUCAUAAACUGUUGGAUAUAUCUCAAAUCUUUCUCAGUGCAACCUAUUCUUGUUCUUUGAUCCUUAUCACACCGAUGACCCGAGACACUUACACCCUUACAGUAGAAAACAGAAUAUGUUGCCAGUUGGUAAUCCUUUUACAUUGUCUGAAUUUUAUUCAUAUCAUCGCAUUUAUAAGGACCUCGUGGUGGCUGAGGUUACUUUACUUUCUUAACAGACAAAUUAGACUACCAUACAUGUUCAUUCUCAUCUUCUUCAUUAUGUUUUACGUUAUUCCUUCUUAUGUAAUCUACUAGUUCACCCAUGCGCAGACACAAUCUUGUAACUAGCUUGUUGUUAAGGUUGGAGGGUUGACAAUGGUUGGGGGCGAGGCCAGGCUACCCUUGUUCAUGUACAAGAUUCUGUGAUAUCAUGUUGUAUAUUGAUAUAAUUGUUGUUUUGAUUAAUAUAUAUUGCUCUCCCUCUAUAUUUUUAUUUUUAUUUUUAUUUUUUUAAGUUAGCUGAAUAAUAAAACACGGACUAAAUGUAAUUCACGGGAACU